CCCAAAUACGGAAUGAGGUGUGCUCCUUGGAUUUUAUAUAAACACGCAUCUUCUGUCCAUCCCGGCAAAGUCGUACCUUCUCUUCUUCUGUUGCUUCUCUCUUUCACACUCUCUUUUUUCUUUCCUCUUCUACUCUUCCUGUCUCCUACCUUUUCGUAGCUGUCUCUUUUCUUUCGCAUUUGGCACACUUAUCUUCUACUUUGUAUUUCCCCCCACUAAUUUAACCAAUUUCUAGCUUCUCCCCUCUCUGCUUCACAUCACAUCUUCAUACCCUCACACCUCCACACCCCAAGUUUCAUCCGACACAUAUGUAUAUCAUGGCCGAUUACCCUAUCUCAGACGCAAGCCAUCCCACGACAUCUGCAGCAGCAGCAGCAUCGAUGGUACCAAGCAUACUCGCGAUGCCCUUCCUCUCGAAUGACUUUGGCUUCCCCACGGAGACAUCCUCGGCCGUGCCGUCUGCCACCACAGCCACAACCAUGUCCUCUUCUGGUGCUACCGUCACAUCUACGACCGCAGCGACCAUGGCGGCAACCACAGUAGCAUCUAAUUUGACCUCAUAUACGCUAACUAGCACAUCUCCACAAGAGGUCCUAAUGUCCAUGCCCACCUCGACAUCUGCCGUCCCUUCCUCUUUAUCGUUCUACCCCACCGCUACCUCAACCACAUCUGUAGCUACAUCAAUACCUGCCUCUCCUUCCUCCUUGGCCCCUUCUUUCUCCUCUUGUAUUUCUAACAACAUGACUGCACCCUUGCUGCUGGACAGCAAGGACUCGCUCUCAAAUCUCGACACCCUUCAAUCCAAUCAAGACUGGCUGGCCCUGUCUAUUGGCGACAUCAGCAUGGGUAGCAGCCCCCGUCCUCAACUGACCCCGCUCGAGUUCAACUCAUACCAAGAAUAUCCAUUCGAUCAGAACAAUGCAGACAUCUUCUCUGCCUGGCCUUCUUCGCCAAUAUCGUAUCUGACUGCAGCCACACAGGCCCUAACAGGACAGCCAAGCGCGAUCCAGAGCAUUAUCCCACCAGGCAUUCAGAACCAGCAACAGCAACAACAACAGCAGCUGCAUCAGAGCCGACCAGCUAUCCUUCCACAACAGCAACAGCAACAGCCUUUCCCCAUUCGCUCACAGCAGUCGCUCAGGCCCAAGAACCUGCAACAAAUCCAACUCCAAGCUGGUCUGAUCUCUCCUCCAAACACGCCGUCCUCGACGCCCUCACCGCUCCGUAUUAGUCAUGACCUGCCCUCGACGCCUCGUCCCCAGUCCAUGUAUAUCAUUCGGCAGCCACGUCCAUUAUCGCCCCUGACGCCUACAUCCCCGAUGGUUGAGAGUCACAAUGGCCCCACCGUACUUCUCAACCGAUCCAAUUCGCUGCCGACGAUCUCUCCGGUCUCGACAGCCUACAGCCACGGAUCGGACCAUCCAUACCUCUCAGGCCACCGCCGUCUCUCCUCGACUUCGACAUCCUCCUCGGUUGCCUCCUCUGCGGAUGGGUCCCAAACUGAGCCUAGGCCCGCCAAACAGAACAAGGCACGUAAGCCUUCGAAGGCAGCGAUCAGGGCCGCGGCCGGCAUGGGUGUCCGAUGCCAGAACUGCGGUGUUACGGUGACGCCGCUUUGGCGACGUUCAGCCGACAACGAACCAUUAUGCAAUGCCUGUGGACUGUACCACAAGUUGCAUGCGGUCCAUCGGCCCAAACAUCUGCAGCAAACACAGCAGCAAGGGAACUCGUAUGGCGCAACUGCCGGUGUGGCAAAGGGCGGCCUCAAGAGCGGCGGCGCCAACGUUGGUGACCAGCCCAUGCUGGCCAGCCAAAACCCGCGCGAUUGCGACGGGCUUCUCCUCGACGGUGCAUGUGCAGAUGAUUCGUUGUCGUCCUCGUUAGGAGGACCCGGAUCUCGAUCGUCGACUUCGGCGGCGGGCCUGCAGCCGACAUGCACCAAUUGUAAGACGACAUUGACCCCUUUGUGGCGCAAGGACGACGCUGGCGAAAUCCUUUGCAAUGCAUGCGGGCUGUACUACAAGCUGCACCAUGUCCACAGACCAAUCUCCCUCAAGCGAAAUGUCAUCCGCCGGAGGUCCCGUUACGAGACGGGUAAGGGCUCGGGCUCGGCGGCUGCGGGACAGCCGCAGCCACAGCAACGGGCACAAGCGGAAACGGGAGCACAGAUUCAAGCGCAAGCACAUAUCCAGGCACAACAUCAUCAUCAACAGCAACAAAUCCAGGCGCAAGCGCAGGCGCAUGCCCAGGCCUACCAUCAUCAACAGCAACAGCAGCAGCAACAACAACAACAACAACAACAGCAACAACAACACUUUCAUGCCAUGCAGGCACAUCCUUCCUUCGACUAUGCGCAGGCGCAGAGCAUGGGACAUGUAGCGCACGACCCUUCUCAACAACAACAUCACCAGUACCAACAUCAAGGCAUGUCUGUCAACAUCGGACCCCAUAUGGGUAUGCAGAUGAUGUCCCCGCUCAGCCCUUUGGAUGGACAACCAAUGCAUUAUCAUCCUUAUGCUCCUCCUGCCGAGUACAUGGACAGAGAUUAGUCAUAGACAAAAUCCAUGUUCUCCCGGGACAAAAAUAAACAAACGAAAGAGCAGAACAUCUGCAGCGCGCUGAA